AACUGGGUGUGUGAAAAGGCCUUUGGUGUUUAGUAGCCAGGGUGCUAGUCGGGUAGCAGACUGUGCUAACAGAAAGCUCUUGCACACUGAUUUAAAAUGUAAACAGAUUUAUUACAACAUUCCUGCGGGUGUCUGGGUGGAAGAGGAGACCACAGGAGACCAGUUCCAGUGCUGACAAGGGAAACCUGAAUUCAUGCUGUAUGCAGAAGCACAUAGAUCUGUGCAGGGCUGACAUGAUGAACGGCACACAGCAGCAUGACCUGAAAAGACAACACCUUCUAAAGAGACUGCUGGAUGCGGUUAAACAGUGCCAAAUCCGCUUUGGUGGAAGGAAGGAGAUUGCCUCAGACUCUGAUAGCAGAGUCAUAUGCCUCUGUGCCCAGUUUGAGGCCGUGCUUCAGCAUGGUCUGAGGAAGAGUCGAGGCCUGGCACUCACCGCUGCAGCCAUAAAGCAGGUGGCAGGCUUCACCAGCAAGACAGAAGCGGAUUUGACGUUCUGGUUCUACAUGAAGGAGCACCUGAAUCGUCACGAGCUGCAGCGUUUCUACUCCCUGAGGAACAUCUGGUCUGAGCUGGGUCGAGGUCGGGCCUGGCUGCGCUGUGCUCUCAAUGAGCACUCUCUAGAGCGCUACCUCCACAUGCUGCUAGCUGACCGGCCUCGUCUGAGUGCUUUUUAUGAGGAUUGGGCUUUUAUUUUUGAUGAGGAGAAAGCAAGUAUGCUCCCCACUAUGGCUGCAGGACUGAACUCCAUCCUGUUCGCCAUCAACAUCGAUAACACAGAUCUGAAUGGGCAGGUGCGCUCGGGCUCGUCUGUCUCGCACUUGCUGAAGGAGUCGACUCAGGGCAUGAGCAGCCUGUGGAAAGAAUCGGCGCAGGGCGUCAGCACCCUGCUAAGAGAGAUCGGCACGGCCACAGCUGUAGUGCCAGGCUUCACGCCACGUUCUGACUGCCCCUCAGACCCACUGCCUGUCCUGCCUCGCAGCACAUCUGCAGACUCUGGAUUGAGGAAGGAGCGCAGACGCAAGAAGAAAAUCACCAAUAUUAUCUCGUUUGACGACGAUCUGGACGUGGGAGCGGAGGAUGAAGAUGAGGACAAUGGGAGCAACAGGAGGACUCUGAGGAAAAGCCCAGCAGAGGGCGGGAGCACCGAGGAGGCCCUGGAGGCUUGCGAGUCCUCACCCUGUCAGAACGGGCUAGUCGAACCAGAGCAUGGGAUCGUAAACUGGGCUGAAACUCCACCACAGAACGGAAUUCUUCCUGACAGUAAGAGCGUUGACCAAGAGGAAGACGACGACGAAGAUUUUUAUGGCAAGAGCAGACCAGAUCUACAGGAAGAACCUGGGAAUGAAGAGCAGGUUGUAAUUGGGAGCUUGCCCAGUGUGUCAACCUGGAGUCCCAGACAGAUCCUUACAGAGACUGACCAGGGCAGUUCAGACGUCCUCAUUCCUGUCACUACUUCAGAGUCUUACAGCCAAAACGUUGCCAGCUCAGUGGAGACGAUUGGGUUUCAUGGCCAAACUGAGAACUCGAGCCUGACCGCUCCUUCUGAAACACCUAAAGCUCAAACACAGUUCAGCAUGGAACCCGACGUGUCAAUCCAGGAUAGCUCAGUGAACAGUGCACUGUCCAGCUCAGGCCUGCCUGACUCCAUGACUGUGGUCGAACUCCGCCAAGCUAUUGUGGCCAUGAUGAACAGGAAGGAUGAGCUCACUGAACAGAACCUGUCUUUGCGGAGUCUGCUAGAUGGAGAGAUGGAGCACUCUGCUGGUCUUCGUAUCGAGGUGGACAGCCUGAAGAAGAAGCUGGCUGAUCUGGAGGAGAGACAUGCUGCUAAAGUUCAAGCCCUUGGGAGGGAAAACGAAGUGCUGAAAGUCCAGUUGAAGAAGUAUGUGGGUGCUGUCCAAAUGCUGAGAGAAGGGAACCAGAACAUCGACUCUCUGCCCACUCUGAGGAGCUGUGAUGGCUCUGCUGUACCCGCUCAGCACAGGUCAGUGGCAGACGUGGAGGAACUUGCAGCCAGUUACGAGCGGAAGCUGAUUGAGGUGGCCGAGAUGCACGGUGAACUAAUCGAAUUCAACGAGAGGCUGUAUCGGUCACUCAUGGCUAAAGACAACCUGAUUGGCCAGAUGAGACAAGAGCUUAUCGACCUGCGAGGCCCGGUGCCCGGAGACCUAAGUCAGACCUCCGAUGAUCCCAGCCUCUCUGACUUUGAGACAGCUCAUCGUGCUCUCGUGAAUGUUUGGAUUCCCUCUGUAUUCCUGCAAGGACGAGCUGCCAACGCCUACCAUGUGUACCAGGUAUAUAUCCGGAUCUUGGACAACGAGUGGAAUGUCUACCGGCGUUAUGCUGAAUUCAGAGCACUUCACAAUCACCUGAGAACUCAGUUCCCCCAUGUCGACACCUUCAACUUUCCUCCCAAAAAAGCCAUUGGGAACAAGGACACUAAGUUUGUUGAGGAGAGGAGGAAGCAGCUACAGUGUUACCUGCGCAUGUUGAUGAACAAGCUGAUCCAGACCCUGCCUGAGUUUACUGCCCGUCCCACCAAGGAGACGCUGCUGCAGCUGCUGCCAUUCUGCCAAGACUCUGCUGCUGCCAACGAGAGUGGGAGUAAAACCGGUCGAUCCAAACCGUCUCGUUUCCCCCGUCUGGGCCGCAGCUCAGCUGGCGAGACCCGCAACCCAGAGCCACAGAGCGGUGACCUUUAACCUCACCUUCAAACGACUCAUGGUCAGAGAGCUACUGACCUCUGAACUGUGGAUUCCAGUUUGCAUUGAAUUGGUCAGAGGUCUGUGGUCUCAACCCUCAGAUCUCAUUACUAAAGCCUCGGUUCUGCCAAACCCAGCCAGCCACCUUCUCUAUAAUUAAUGUACCUGAAAACACAAACGGAGACCAGAGCUGAGGAAAGCUGGAGUCUGGCGGUGAUGGACGUCUUUACAUGCUUUCCUGCUCCUCUGCUGAUGGUAUGGUGGAGCUUUGUGGUUCCCUGUGUAGCUAGUGAAGAUAUCCAGAUGGAUGCAGAAUGUAAAUCCUACACAAAUGUAAAACUGUGAUGCACUGAGGAUUGUGGAGUGAUUUAAAAAACCCUGCACAUAAUCACAUACUCAACCUGACCAAAAUAAAGACAAAACACUUUUUUGAUAUAUUUUGUUACUAUCCUAUACUGUCUGUUAGAGAUAAUGAUGUAAUGUACAGUAUGCCUACAUUCUGCUUUAAUAGCUGAACAAAACAAGCCACUUUUGUUUUUAUUGGAUUAUAAAUGUUGCUUAAUGUCUGUAAUGCAUCAGGAAACAGUGAACGUUACAGCAGCUGCUGUAGUGAAAGAGCUGAAUAGAAAGUGUUAAAUGCUUUUAUGGAGUUAAAAGCACGUCUGCACAUCGCCUCUGUAGCCUCGGCGGGAAAUUUCCAAGAUCCAUUAUUAUCUCUGAUGACCCAGAGUUUUGUUACAUGAAGCCAAAUGAGCGCGGCGCCGCAGGGCCCGAGGAGCUGUAAUUAUAUUAGUGGACAAAACUCCACUGAGUAAAUGAACAAAUCAUCUUUUACUAUUUUUAUUGUGCUGCACAAUGAUGAACCUGUGUGUACAGGUAUGUGUGUGUGUAUGUGUGUGUGUGUGGGCAGGUAUGUCUGUACAGGUAUGUCUGUAAAGGUGUGUGUGUAUACAUAAUCUGAGAGUCAAAAAAAGAACCUCUGUAUGUUUGUCCAUUCACUGUUGCAUUCAGAAUUAAAUGUGCAACAAAGUGAUGAUUAUAUUGCCCACCACACCAUAAACAUGUAGCUACAGUACAUUACAGUACAGUUUUUUUAUUAUCUUUUUAUGCAAUUUUACCCCCCUUUUUUCUCCCAAUUUAGCAUAGACAAUUUGCUUCUGGCAACCCUGAUGGCGUCCAAGGAGGGUGUAUAUUCACCUGACACUCACUUCCGACGUGUGUGCAGUCCCUUCUUAUUCACUCAUACUUUGGUGGAUUUGCCCGUGAGGUCGGCUUCUUGACGGAGAGCCACGCCCCGAUCUCUGCACUCCUCCACUUUCUGUACAGGCGUCCUAGACAACCAAGGACCUUACACAGCGUUAAUAACUUUACCCCUUAGUCCAGUCUUUUCCCACCCAGCAGACUGGAAGUCAAUUUUGUCUGCUGCAGGCAUUAGCCUAUUGUGCCCAUUAGAGGGCACCCAACCAACCGGUAGCAGAGCCGAGAUUCGAACCCAGGAGCUCAGAAUCUCGGCACUGGUGUGCUAGCGGAUUAUCCCGGAUUAUCCCUGUGCCACAUCAAUUAUCUGUUUGCAAUUGCAAGUUACAAAGUUCAUGUAAAAUAAUUUUGAAAGUUGAUCAACAGUUGGCAAAGUUGCAGAGGUUUUUUUUGACUCACUGUGUAUGUGUGUGUGUGUGUGUGCGUGCGUGCGUGCGUAUAUAUAUAUAUUUCCUUUUUUUAUCCAACAUGACAAAUGACACUGUCAUUGCUUGACUGUUAAACUUAAAAUGUACUCAUGAGAUGAAAGAAAACCUUUUUAAGAUUGUGUAAUCCUCCUGGUUUUACAGCUGUUACUCUUAAGCAGACUGUAUUUGAUGUCCUCAUAUCAGCAGUGCUAAAGCUGCCAGCCUUAAACCAGUACAAAGUGAUGAAUGAAUAUAAUAAUAAAUUGGUU